AUGGCUUCACGCAGACUCGUAUCUUCUCUGAUUCGAUCUUCCUCAAUCUCCGCCUCAACUUCGAGGCUCACUUCUCAAUCCCGUGCCUCUCCUUGCGGCUACCUUCUUAACCGCGUAGCCGAUUACGCCACUUCCGCCGCAGCUGCUGCCGCUUCUCACUCCAUAAAACUGAUCAGUGUUCCAGUGUUUUCUCAAACUAAUGCAUUAUUGAGAGUUGAGUUUGGUAAUGGAUUGACUAGAUUGCCUUCAGUUCAGCAUGGUUCUAUGCUUGUCCCUCAUUUCCGAACUAGGUUUAUGUCUACCGAGACGAAUUCUCUUGAUUCUUCUUCUCAAGAUAGUUCUUCACUAGAAUCUGAAGUGCCUCGUCGCAUCAAAUUUAAAAGAUUAGAUAAGACUGCAAGGCACAUUAUGCAGAUUUUAGACAAGGAAGCAGUGGAGGAGGUGAAAGGACAACGAGAGAUGCCUGAUAUAAAACCUGGUUAUAUUGUGCAGCUCAAAGUGGAAGUGCCAGAGAACAAGAGGCGCAUUUCUAUUAUAAAAGGGAUUGUUAUUGCAAGGCGUAAUGCUGGACUCAAUACUACAUUCAGAAUUAGAAGGAUGGUAGCUGGAGUUGGGAUUGAGUCUUUAUUCCCAUUGUAUUCGCCUAAUAUAAAGGAGAUAAAGGUGCUGGACAAGAAGAAAGUGAGAAGAGCCAAGCUCUACUACCUGCGGGAUAAAAUGAAUGCACUUAGAUAA